AAUGCUCCGACAACAAACAAAAGAUCGAGGCUAGCCGAGCUCAUCAUACUUUGUCGAUCCGUCUAGGCUAACGUUAGUAGUUACUUUGCCCCCAGCACCGACUAGCUCCCUGUUUUUUUUUUUUUACUUCUUUGCUCAGAUCCCGUGGGGCAGUCUCAUCCUCUUGUUUCUAUUUGUGUUUUAGUCAGACCUAAUGUCAACCUGAGUCAUUUUCAGCGAUCGCUUCGCCUUUGCUGGCCAAGCUAAACGCGUUAGCCAGGUUAGCUGCUCGGCUAACCAGCUCUGGCUGCCUCUGCAACAACCAGCGAAGCCAAUUAGCUUAGCCUCCUAGCUUGCUAGCUUUGCUAACUCCCCUUUAAAACUUGACACUGACGGACACAAGUGGCUCUGGCUUGUUGCUGACAAGCCAGUUUACUAAAACUCGUGUCGUAGCCAUGUCUGGACAGUCAUCCGGCGGUGGGUUUCUGAUGUCGGUAGUUGUCCACGGAGACUCGGCUCUGAACGAGCAGGAAAAGGAGCUCAAUCAACGGCUCCGACGGCUCUAUCCGGCCGUUAACGAAAACGAGACUCCACUUCCCCGAUCCUGGAGCCCGAAGGACAAGUUCAGCUACAUCGGACUGUCUCAGAACAACCUCCGUGUACACUAUAAAGGUCAUGGAAAAACACCCAAAGAUGCUGCAUCAGUGCGGGCCACCCACCCUAUCCCAGCUGCCUGCGGGGUCUACUACUUUGAGGUGAAGAUCAUCAGUAAAGGCAGAGAUGGGUACAUGGGUAUCGGCCUCUCAGCUCAGGGUGUAAACAUGAACAGACUCCCUGGUUGGGACAAGCACUCUUAUGGUUACCAUGGAGAUGACGGCCACUCCUUCUGCUCGUCUGGCACCGGGCAACCUUAUGGACCCACGUUUACAACAGGCGAUGUGAUUGGCUGCUGUGUUAACCUCAUCAACAACACCUGCUUCUACACAAAGAAUGGCCACAGCCUAGGUAUUGCCUUCACAGACCUACCACCUAACUUGUACCCGACCGUGGGCCUUCAGACUCCAGGGGAGGUGGUGGAUGCAAACUUCGGGCAGCACCCAUUCGUGUUUGACAUUGAAGACUACAUGAGAGAAUGGAGGACAAAAAUUCAGGCCCAGAUUGACCGCUUCCCCAUCGGAGAGCGCGAGGGCGAGUGGCAGUCCAUGAUCCAGAAGAUGGUGGCUUCUUACCUGGUGCACCACAGCUAUUGCGCCACAGCUGAAGCCUUCGCCAAAUCCACCGAUCAGGCCGUGCAUGAGGAGCUGGCCUCCAUCAAAAACCGGCAGAAGAUCCAGAAGCUGGUGUUGUCGGGUAGAAUGGGUGAAGCCAUUGAGACCACCCAGCAGCUGUACCCCAACCUCUUGGAGAGGAACCCAGACCUUCUCUUCAUGCUCAAGGUGAGACAGUUCAUAGAGAUGGUGAACGGGACAGACAGCGAGGUGAGAUGUCUGGGAGGUCGCAGCCCAAAGUCUCAGGACAGUUACCCCGGGUCACCCCGGCCCUUCAGCAGCCCCAGUCACAAAGCCAGCAGCUCCCAGCCCUACCUCACAGGGUUUGACAGCAACUGCUGUAAUGGUGUGACGUCUAAUAAGAGCCACAGCUCCUCCCCUCACAGUCAUAAGCCCUGCCCCCCGGGCUCUGGCUCCACUCUCCCAGCAUCCGACAUCAGCCUCAAUGGGAGUCGCAGCCAACAGCCGAUAACCAGUAAUGAUGUGGAUAUGGAGGUCGAUCACUUCACCAACGGAGUGACAGAAUCGUCUUCCAAUGGUUUUCUCAACGGCACCUCCAAACACACCACGGAGCCUGACGACUGUGACGCAGACAUGGAGGUGGAGUCGGCACAGUCUAAGAGGCAGCUGUGCGGCGGAAGCCAGGCAGCCAUCGAGAGAAUGAUCCAUUUUGGCAGGGAGCUCCAGAGCAUGAGUGAACACCUCCGCCGUGAGUGCGGCAAGAACUCUGCUAACAAAAAGAUGCUCAAGGACGCAUUCAGCCUGCUGGCCUACUCGGACCCGUGGAACAGCCCAGUCGGAUACCAGCUGGACGCCAUUCAGAGAGAGCCGGUCUGCUCCACUCUCAACAGUGCAAUAUUAGAGACUCACAACCUGCCCAAGCAGCCUCCCCUGGCCCAGGCCGUGGGUCAGGCCGCCCAAUGCCUCGCCAUGAUGGCACGAACUGGCAGCGGAUCCUGCGCCUUCGCCUCUGUGGACGAUUACCUACACUAGCC